AUGACUUCCAAUAAGGGUCACUUCGAACAGGGAUUUCAACCACCCGUAUCCCAUCAAUCUUCCGCACCAGGUAAACAAACCGAGUUACCUAAAGAAGCCAUCAACGAUCAACUCCCCACCGACGAUGACGGCUAUCAACCAUACCUCGCAGCCGGCAAACUUAAGGGCAAGAAAGCCUUGAUCACCGGUGGUGAUAGUGGAAUUGGUCGUGCAGUCGCCAUUCUAUAUGCAAUGGAAGGAGCCGAAAGUUCCAUCGUCUACCUACCCGAAGAAGAAAAAGAUGCGCAAGAAACCAAGAAAUUGGUAGAAGCCAAGGGUGGAAAAGUACAUUUGUUCUCGGCGGAUCUGAAGAGUUCUCAGGCGUGUAAGAAUAUUGCUGAGAAAGCCAAGGAGGCGAUGGGAAGAAUUAAUAUUUUGGUUCUGAACCAUGGGACGCAGAUGAUGGUGGAGACUAUUGCUGAUUUGUCUGAAGAGCAAUGGGUUAAUACCUUCAAUGUGAACAUUCAUCCUUUCUUCUUCCUGUCCAAAUAUAUCCUCCCACAAAUGUCACGCGGAGACACAAUCAUCACAUGUGCCUCCGUAAACCCUUACGUUGGUCGUCCUGAUCUCCUCGACUACACCUCAACCAAAGGCGCCAUCGUCGCCUUCACCCGCGCCCUCUCCAACCAACAAAUCGCCAACGGCAUCCGCGUAAACUGCGUUUGUCCAGGACCCAUCUGGACCCCCCUUAUCCCAGCAACCAUGAACGAGAAAGCUCAAAAGGAAUUCACAAGUCCGAUGGGUCGACCGGGUCAACCAUCAGAAUGCGCUACAUGUUUUGUGUUUUUGGCGGGGCCCGAUAGUAGUUUUAUUAGUGGACAGAGUUUGCAUCCUAAUGGAGGGGUGCAGGUUGGUUCUUAG